UUGUCACCAUGACCUCGUUCGAUGAAACCGUCAAUUCUAUUCGGAACCCAUCUGGGGAAGAUAAGCAGCCCCUCCCUCGGGUCACGUUGGGCGCCGUUAAUAGAGAUGGAUCCUUUCACUACGCCAAGGCUUUUAGGGAUGACCCGGCCGACGUUGGGGACACUGAUGCCGUACAUUGGAUCGCCUCCGCCACAAAAUUUCUAACUACCAUUGCUGUGAUGCAGCACAUGUUGACUCAUACCAGUGGCAUGGCCUAUGUGUUCAUGCACCCGCUUUUGGGUCGUUACCAACAACUACAAGGAGAACGGCCUCUUAUUCAGCAGACUGUUAAAGAGUCCUAUCACCCUUUUCUAUUGUUCGAACCUGGCGAACGCUGGCUGUAUUCACCAAGCGUGGACUGGGCAGGAGUCGCGGUCGAACGAGUCACUUCCAUGAGGCUCGGGGAAUACAUGAAGCGACAUAUAUUCGACGUCGUUUCAGCCAAGGACGUUACCUUUCAUCUCGACGAACGAGAGGACCUUCGGGCGCGGAAGGCUAAGAACUGGGAGAGAGCGGGUCAGAGCCUAGAAGAGGAAAAGAAUCCUGUAAUGCCCGACCCAGUUGCAGAGGACCAAGGGGGCGGCGGUAUCUACGCAACAGUCAGCGCGAUGCUCAAGAUCUACCGCGGUGUUCUCACCGAGAAGCUACUACGACCUGAGACUAUCAAGGUCAUGUUCCAGCCACAAUUGGAAGAUGCCAAUAACCUCGGCAAACCGGAUCAGUACCCACCCCCGGUCCGGAAUGCAAUCUGGAAUGCUGUGCCACACGAUGUACCUGUUAGCUUUGGGCUUGGUGGUCUUGUUAACACCGCUGCGGUCCCCGAACAGCGUGGGUCGCACUCGCUCACCUGGUCUGGCAUACCGAAUUGCUACUGGUGGAUCGACGUUGAAAAUGGCGUCGCUGGCAUAUAUCUAUCUCAGCUUGUACCUAUGGGGGACCAGCAGUCUGUUCGGCUGCUUACCGAGUUCGAAAAGUUUGUGUAUUCAACAUUAAACCUGUCCAAACUCACAGGUACACAAGCGCACUCGCACUUGUAAUAGCCUAGAUAUACAUAUCGAUCGUUAUAUCCCUCUGAGGCUCCACGUGCAAGAUCAAACCUUUGGAUAUUCAUAUAUACAACAAUUGGCUAGCUCCCUUAGCAGUUGGUAACCAUUUGUGUUGUCAACAGCCCUAAGUAGGUACCUCAACGACACCACAUGCAAUCGAAUUAUCCUCGGGUUUGCCCAUAUUGCCUCCAUUUGCAAAAAGCAGUUUCUUCUCACCCUGAAGGGUGAUUAUCCUCAUACUCCGCGAGUAGGCCGACCACAUACCCACGUCGACAGUCUUCCAUCCGCCAGGGUCUGCUGAAUCCUCAUUCACAAAGA